AUGUUCCACAACAGCUACCAGUCCGGCUUUCUCUCCAUCCUGUACAGCAUUGGCUCGCGGCCGUUGCAGAUUUGGGACACGAAGGUGCGCAAUGGCCAUGUGAAGCGCAUCACCGACGAGGACAUUCAGUCCUCCGUGCUGGAGGUGGUCGGCAGCAACGUGAGCACAUGCUACAUCACAUGCCCGGCCGAUCCAAAGAAGACGCUGGGGAUAAAGCUACCCUUUCUCGUCAUGAUCAUCAAGAAUCUUAAGCGGUACUUCUCCUUUGAGGUGACCAUACUCGACGACAAGGGCAUCCGCCGCCGCUUUCGCGCCUCCAACUACCAGAGCACCACGCGGGUGAAGCCGUUCACCUGCACGAUGCCGAUGCGCCUUGACGAGGGGUGGAACCAAAUUCAGUUCAACUUAGCGGACUUCACACGACGUGCGUAUGGAACAAACUACCUGGAAACUCUGCGUGUGCAGCUGCAUGCGAACUGCCGUGUACGCCGCCUGUACUUCAGUGACCGCCUCUACUCGGAGGAAGAGCUGCCGCCGGAGUUCAAACUAUUCCUUCCCAUCUCCCAGCAACAGCAGCAGCAGCAGCAGCAACAGCAACAACAACAACAACAGCAGGCGCAGCAGCAACAGCAACAGGCACCACAACAGCAGUCACAGUCGCAGCCGCAAGAAGCGCCGGCGAGUGCGCAGCAACAACCGCAACAACAGUCGGUUGAGGCGGUGUAG